AUGGAGAAGGAUUUCAUUGAACCCAAGUCGGAGCCCUCGUUCGGCGACGCUCCUCCUCUCUACGGCGAAUCUGAAUCGACCAAAGGCAGCGUUGGCCAGCGGAUCUGGGAUAGUUUCAAGAGAGACCCCAAUGCUCGUGCCUCGGCGCAUCAUGAACCUGGUCAUGAUGGGAAGACCUUCGACAUCGAAAAUGCCGCUCAGAAUACUGCUAGCUCACCACUGGCACGCAAACUCAAAGGUCGCCAUCUUCAGAUGAUCGCGAUUGGUGGUUCAAUUGGUACUGGUCUUUUUGUCGGAUCUGGAUCGGUCCUGGCGGCCGGUGGUCCAGCCUCGGUCCUGAUCGCAUAUGCCUUGAUCGGCUGCAUGCUUUACUGCACAGUGCACGCGCUGGGUGAAAUGGCCGUUCUCUUCCCUGUCGCUGGUUCGUUUUCGCAUUAUUCCACUCGGUUCAUCGAUCCCGCUUGGGGUUUCGCCAUGGGUUGGAAUUAUCUGCUGCAGUGGCUCGUGACCCUCCCCACCGAAAUUGUUGCCGCCUCGUUGACUGUCGACUACUGGGAUUCGGGCGUCUCGAAUGCUGCCUGGGUCGCUAUUUUCUGGACGGUAAUUGUGUGCAUCAACAUGUUCGGUGUUAAGGGUUAUGGUGAAGCAGAGUUUGUGUUUUCCAUCGUCAAGGUCACCGCCGUAGUUGGCUUCAUCAUUCUCGGUAUCAUCCUGACUUGUGGCGGUGGGCCCCAUGGUGGAUACAUCGGUGGAAGAUACUGGCACGACCCAGGUGCCUUCCACAACGGCUUCAAGGGUCUUUGCAGUGUUUUUGUGAACGCUGCAUUUGCGUUUGCUGGUACUGAGCUGGUUGGCCUUGCCGCUGCAGAGACCGCUAAUCCCAGAAAAUCGCUCCCGACCGCCGUCAAGCAGGUGUUCUGGCGUAUCACCCUCUUCUACAUUGUGUCUCUGACCUUGGUCGGCCUCCUUGUUCCCUACACCGAUUCUCGACUCCUCGAUGGAUCGUCUAGCGCCGAUGCCAAAGCAUCCCCAUUCGUCAUCUCCAUUGUGCACGCGGGAAUCUCUGGACUGCCGUCUGUGAUGAACGUUGUCAUCAUGAUUGCUGUGCUCUCCGUGGGCAAUGCAGCUGUCUACGGCUCUUCUAGAACCCUGGCGGCCCUGGCUGAGCAACAGCAGGCCCCGAAAUUCUUCGCCUACAUCGAUCGCAAAGGCCGUCCUCUUCCGGCUCUCAUCGUUGCUUCGGCGUUUGGUUUGCUUGGAUUCCUGGCCGCUUCCGAUAAAGAGGGUGAAGCCUUCACAUGGAUGAUGGCCAUCUCGGGUCUCUCCUCCAUCUUCACCUGGGGAUCAAUCUGCCUGUGCCACAUUCGCUUCCGUCGCGCUUGGAAAUUGCAAGGGCAUAGCCUCGAUGAGCUGGCUUUCAAGUCCCAGCCUGGUGUGAUUGGUUCCUGGAUUGGGCUCAUUUUCAACUGCCUCGUUCUGAUUGCUCAGUUCUGGGUCGGCUUUGCGCCCAGCGGAUAUGCUGACAUGUCAGCCUCUGAAUUGGUAUCCAACUUCUUCUCCGCCUACCUUGCUGCGCCAGUCGUGUUGGCCUUCUACAUCCCCUACAAGCUUUGGUUCAAGACCCCCUUCGUCCGGGCCAAGGACAUGGAUCUUCAAACCGGUCGUCGCGAUCUCGACAUCCAAGCGCUCAUCGAAGAGGAGAAGGCGGAACAGGCGGCCUGGCCUGCGUGGAAGAAGGUGUGGAAAUUCUUCUGCUAA